CGAGUUGUCAAAUGAUUACCGAGUCGCACGAGACUUGACCUUUUUGGAAAAAUAGAAAUCAAGUUUUAAUACCACUUUUAUAAAGUUUCGAUAGUGAAAACUUGUAGCUGUAAUUGCGGACUAAAGGAUUUUACGUGAAUAUUAUACAGAUCGAUUCAGAUAGGUGGAUUAUAGUAUGACUAUAAUUUCACAAACAACUGAUACACUCGACUGUCACGAAGGAAAUCAUCCUUUCGAAAGUUUUUUAGCAGCGUAAAAACGUCAAUUAUAUAGUCCAUAUCAGCGUAAACAAUGAAGCUAACUAGAUUUUACUCGAUUUUACUCUACUUGGGCAUCGUUCAUACGAUUUUUACCUCGACCGUCGAUGCCAAGCACAAAUUCGAUGGCGACUUCGAGUUCGAUGAAGAGGAUAAUUCAAAAGCAAAUAAAAAAUUGGAUAAAAAGAAGUGGAUUCACGACCCUGAAAAUGAUUUAUGCCAACCAUUAAAAUGUAAGAAGUCAGAAAUUUGUCUUUUAGAAGAUGCUGCUACUGCUCUUUGCGUUUCAAAAAAAGAAUUUCAUAAAUCAAGGAUCACCUCUAAAUUACACUUAGAUCAACCAUUCCUCCAAAAAAAUGAUGGAAAUGUUAAAAAAUUCACGGACGAUGCUUAUUUCGAUUCAGAGGAUGAAGAUAAUGACGAAGAUCAAGAAGAAUUAAAAUGCCAAGAAUGUCCAGUGCAAAAGCCAAAUUUCAUAUGUGGCACUGAUAAUCGCACUUAUAGCUCAAUGUGUCGUCUUAAAUAUCACAAUUGCAUCCAUCACAUGUCCGUCCGUUUGAAUUGUACUGGUUUUUGUCCUUGCAAGAAGUCUUUUUCUCAUGUACAAUCAAAGAAAGGAUCUAAAGAACUCAAGAUGGUAACAAAGAAAAAUCUGGAUUACGAUUCCAAAUUGACUCCACAAGAUUUCAAUUUUGAAAAUCAUCACUAUCGAUAUCUUCAAUACUUGAGACAAUCUAAGAUUCAGAAGGAGCAUAAAAUUCGGAAUAAGUUUUCCACCUCUACCAAUUCCGUAGGAAAAUGGAAAAAAGUACAUGACGAUAUUGAUAUUAACAGCGUCAAUUGUCGACCAUCCUCGAAUUCGAUCAUGGCAAAUAGACUUCUCGAUUGGUUUUCCGUUGUAAUGGCUGAAACUUUGCAACGACGUCAACAUUACAAAGCUAAGAGUGGACAUUUUCCAAGUAGCUGCCAAACCGAAGUAAAGUGGAUGUUUGGUCACUUAGAUACUAAUGGAGAUGAGAGAAUAUCUCAAAUGGAACUCUUCGGCCUAGAACAUGACCAAAAUGAACCGUGUUUGAAACCAUUUUUGGAUACGUGUGACUUGAACGAAGAUAGCAUUGUAACGGGAUCAGAAUGGUGCAGCUGUUUCUCCAAAGCCGAAAGACCAUGCGCAGCCGUACGUCGCCGCACUUCGCCCGAAAUCGCACCGAAUUGCGAUAGUCAAGGCUACUUCCGAAGCAUACAAUGCCACAAAAUUCUUCAAGUCUGCUGGUGCGUCGAUAAACACGGCAUCGAAUACGCCGGGACUCGAGUCAGAAGAUCAAAGCCCAAUUGCGAUUCAAUCAUCGAGAAGAGAAACUUUAACGCAUUGAGGACAAAUCGAGUCGAUUUGCAAGACGACGAAGACGAUUCGCAAAUAUCCGAAGGUUCGGCAGAUUAUUCAGCAGAUUUUUAGAAACAUAUAAUCAUAAUAUACUAAUCCAAAUAUAAUUGCCAAUGCAUAUUUCUGAAAUCACUCAUACCGUUACAUAGUUAGUCAGUAUUUAAGUAUUAAAAUUAAAGUUUAAUUUUUUGUAAAUCUCAGAUAUAUACAAUAAAAACCGUUCAAAAUCUGAA